AUGACUAGAAACCGUAACAAAGCUUAUCGAAAGGUAUGGGAUGUUGGCCUUAGAUCACACACAAUAGCUUCUAGAGGUGCCGGAUUCCAUCAGUGGUGGUUUGGUGUGUGGUGUAGGUAUGCCAAACACAGUGUCGUCUCGGCCGACUCUCGACAGAAGGGAUCUCAGAGCGAGGUACUUGAACUCCUGAAAGCGUUUGAUGGAAUCUUUGGUGACAAGCCAAGAACAAUGCUUCAUCGUCUUGAUAAGAAGGUCGCAAUUUCAAUGGCUCAUAAUCACUGGCGUGUUCACAAUUAUUUGAAGGACUUGAAGGAGAAGUUCAAGACAACUUCAACUCCGACUCCAUCUAGUUUCCGGAAAACAGCUGAAAGUCUUGACAGUACUCACUCUCAAGCAACAGCAGUCAGACUUGGGGGGAUGGGUAUGAUGCUGGCAGUAUCAUGGGGAGAGGGAACGGAAUGGCAUGUAGAUGCUAAGGACUAUGGCAACCACUAUACAAUCAUAUCAGUCCUCACAUCUCCUGCACUGCUUCACCUACCCGAACUCGGAUGUACCAUCCUCAUACACCCAGGGGAUGUUGUCGGCUUCUUGGCACACCGUUAUCUUCAUAAAUUGGAACCAGUACCGCUCGAUACCUCAGCGGGAAGCGUAGCAGCUGGAACCUCAGUGGUUGGAACAACAGAGAGCGCAGAAAGUGCAGGGAGUGGGGGAAGUGUAGCAGUUGGAACCUCAACGGUCGGGGCAGCAAGUAAUGGAGGAGACAUAGGGGGUGAAAGAAGUGUAGAGGUAACACCCAGGCGGCAGGUGGUUUUUACUUGUUGGACAGACAAGAACACUCAAGCUCGCAUGGCUGAGUAUCGUCAUUUUCAUCAAGUGGUAUUCGAAGAUAUGGAAUAG